AUGACGGGUUGGUGCAGAUACGUGAGGAGAGCAUCAUUGUCUCGGAUAAACAGUGUUGCCAUGAACGUCGUUGUCAUGGGUGCCGACUUUGGUGACGACGUGCACAUGCAGAAGCGUGAGCUUGCAGAAGGGGCAGGGCUGAGCAGCAACGAACAACUUCUUCUUGGAACCCCAAGUGCACCACCAGACACCACCCAAGACUCUGAUG